AUGACUUCCACUAACCCCUUAUCUACCAAUCCAGUUGGCCUUGGCCUUAUGGCAAUGACAUGGUGGGUAAAGCAGACACAUGACAAGCAAGCUUUUGGUACCAUGAAAGCGGCCAUCAGAAACGGUGCGACAUUCUGGUCAAGUGCAGCCUUCUACGGCACUGCCGAUCCAGCAGCGAACCUCUCCUUGAUACGUCGCUACUUCGAGAAGUACCCAGAGGACGCCUCUAAGUCCAUCAAGGGAUCCAACAAACAGCAGUGUUGCACGCGUGCCAGUGUAGAAAAUACCCUUCGCAUCCUGGGUGGCGCGAAGGAUAUCGACAUCUUCUCCCCCUCACGCUCUGAUCCUAAAAUUUCAACUGAGAGGACCUUCACUGAGCUCAAAGCCCUUGUGAACGAAGGAAACAUUAAGGGGGUCGGCUUAAGCGAGGUCGGUUCCAAGACUAUCAAGAGAGCGCACGCCGCUAUCCACCUUUGUGCCGUUGAGGUCGAGUUCUCACUCUGGAGCACGGAGAUUUUGACCAACGGCGUCGCGGCAACCUGCAAGUCCCUCAACAUCCCAAUCAUUGCCUAUUCACCCCUGGGGCGCGGCUUUCUCACCGGCCAGCUGAAGAACCUAAGCGACGUCCCAGCAGGCGAUGUUCGACUACAUUUUGAUGGCUUUCAACCCAAGAACUUCGAGACGAAUCUAGAGCUCGUUAGCAAGCUCGAUGCCUUUGCUGGGAGCAGGGGCGUCACCACUGCUCAGCUGGCUCUAGCGUGGGGUUUGGCCAACUCAGAUUCAGCCGAGUGUGGUACCAUCGUGCCGAUUCCGGGUGCUACAACUACCCAACGUGUAGAAGAAAACACGAAGAUAACCGGGCUAUCUGCAGAGGAUAAGGCUGAGCUUAAUGCCAUUGUUAACUCUGUCCCGAUUACUGGUGGACGAUAUAACGAGUACCUGGAAAAGGGGCUGUGGGGCUAAUAGGGGGGAUGUUGUAUGGAUACUUGUAGUAUGUUGGGCAGCGCAAGAUUCAAACGCAUCAUGGUCAAGUGAUGUUAGCACAGCAUACAUGGAAGCGAAGAGUCAGGAAAAUCUUUUAGGGUAUCUAGACAUGAAUUGAUGAGUUCGCAAAGAAUGGCUUGGGAGUUGUGGCAACAUAGCUCUUUAUGUGCCCGGAGUAGAUUCUUCAUGGGGAGUGUUGGCUUUGGUUUG